CUAGCGGUGUAAUGCGGAGCUCACCGCGCUCGCAGUUCUGCGCGCCGUCGUGACCUAACUAGAGGCGAAAAACACAGCGCCAAAGGUGAGCAAGCACUGCGCAACGCGCCGAGCCACCAGUCGGCGCAGCAGCCGAGAAACCGUGAGAGCGCCAGGACGCUCUCCGGUGCCGCGCGCGAAAUUAGAACGAACCGCGCGAGCGCCACACACGGAAAACCGAUGUGCGACUGCGCCGGCGACGCCUCGUGCGUCCUGCGCUUCUGCCGGGCCAUCAGCUUGGACGCGCCCAAGGUCGCCGACGUGCGCGCCGCCGCGGACUGCGUCGAGGAUUUAAGAGGAGCGGCGCCCGACGAGGUCGAGGCCAUCUGCGCCCAGUGGAAGGUGCUCGCGAAGGGCAAAUUUAGAAGAGCCGUCGCGGCCUUACAAGAAGAGGUGCGCCAGGGCGCGGACGGCGCCUUUGAUCUGGACGACGCCGCGCCGGUGACACCCGCGGCGCGCGAGGGCGAGGUGCGGGCCGCGGUCGCGCGGGACGGCGGCGGGCCCGAAGAGGCCCCGGCGCCGGUGGAGGCCCCGGCGCCGGCGCCCGCCGAGUGGCUCGCGUCGCGCAGCGGCGUCCGCGUCGGCGCGACGGUCGAGAAGCGGUUCCCGGGCUACGGGCUUCACAGGGGCACAAUCGUCGAGCUCGGCGCCGACGACGUCGUCGUCAAGUGGGAGACGGACGAGCGCACGACGCUCUCGCUCAAGGAGGCCUCGCGGCGCGUCAUCGCCGCGCCAUCCAGAAAAACGGAGCGGGUCGCGCCGGCGCCGGCGCCCGCGGCCGCCCCGCCGACGUUCCGCGUCGGCGACCUCGUCGUCGUCGCGCCCGACACCUCGCCCGGCCACAACCGCGAGGGCGGUCCGGGCACGAUCGUCGCCGCGAACGACGACGGCUCCUUCGACGUCCGGUCGCCCGUCAGCCGCCACACGAUGCUGCGCGUGUCGCCCGCGGACCUCGCCCACGACGAGGCCGCGCGCGGCGGCCGCGCGACGCGCCGGAGCGGCGGCCGAGACGACGCGCCGGCCGCACCACCGCCGCGCCGGCGCCGCGCCAUCGCCGAGAGCAGCGACGACGACGACGCGCCCGCCGCCGAGCCGGCCGCCGCCGAGCCGGCCGCCGCCGAGCCGGCCGCCGCCGAGCCGGCUGCGGCCGAGGAGCCGGCCGCAGCGUCGCCCCCGCCCCCGCCCCCGCCGGCGACGCCGAAACCCGCCGCGGCCGCGCCGGAACCCGCCGCGCCGGCGCCGGCGCCCGCCGCGGCCGCGCCACCCGCCGCGCCGACUAACGGACAAGGACAAGCACAACCGGCGUGGGCCGCCGUUUGCACGGAGGUGCUGGCCGCCGUCCGGGACAGCAACAUCAUGGGCGUGCGCGACCGCCUCGUGGGCCGCGGCUUCCGCUGCGGCCCGGUCUACGGCGGCAGCAAGCAGAAGCCCGGCCAGGGCUACUAUGAGAUCACGCCUCCGCCCGCAUUCCCGUCAAGCUACUACCUCGUCGGGAAGAACGUCCGGAUGAACAAGGAGGUGCUGCGUUCGAAGACCCAGCUCGUCAAGUACUUCGAGGCCUGCCUCGCGCUCGCGCAGAGCGGCGGCGCGUACCGCACGCAGUCCGAGCGCGAUGAAGAGCGCCGCGCCGCGAUGGAGAGCAGCGAUGACGACGACGACGACGACGACGCGGCGCCGGCGCCGGCGCCGGCGGCCCAAGUGGAGGCCGCGCCGCCCGCCGAGGCCGAGGCGGCGCCGGCUCUCGCAGACGAGUCGGAGGAGGCCGACGCGCCGGCCGCGGCCGACGACGACGAAGAAGAAGAUCCCGAGCUCGCGGCCAUCGAGGACGGCCGCGCGGCCGAGGCCGCCUUGAUCGCGGAGGGCGAGCGCCGCCUCGCGGCGGCGACGGAGGACGAGAUCCGCGCGGCGGCGCCCUACGCCGAGGGCGACCAGGUCGAGGCGCGCUUUAGAGGUGGAUCUAAUUGGUACCCGGCCGUCGUCGUCGCGCUCGUCGUGGACGCGCGAGGGUCGUUCUUCGUGGACCUGAAAUACGCGGACGGGUCCGACCACGCCGAGGAGGCCGUGCCCGUGGAGCUCGUGAGGCCGCUGCGGCGGCGCCGCCAGGCGACGGAGGAGGCCGUCGUCGAGGCGCCGGCACCGCCGGCUCCCGUCCCGGCGGACGCCGUCCGCGUGCUGCACAAGUUUAGCGGCUACGGCGACUUCGAGGGCUCCGUCGUGUCCACGGAGGCGGACGGCGCGUGUUCAGUGAAGUGGGACGCCGACGGUUCCAUUACAACUCUCGACCAACCGCGGUUCGAGCGCGCGCGGCGCCGCUACGCGGAGAAGCACGGCCUCAUGCCCCCGCCCUCAUCGAGCGGCCGGCCGAAGAAGGGCGCGCACGACACGCGCGCGCCGCCGGCGCCGGCGCGCGGCCGCCAGGCGCCGACGCCGGCCCGGACGCCGACGACGCAGAAGCGGUCGCCCCGCGCGGCGCCGCGACGGUGGUCGGCGGACGAGGAGGCGUCGCUGCGCCGGCUCGUGGGCGAGCUCGGGCGCGACGCCUGGGAGACGAUAGCGGAGCGGCUGGGCACGGGGCGGUCGGCGAGCGCGUGCGAGCAGAAGUGGCAGGCCCUGAUGAAUUGGAGCUCGACUCCCGCGGCGCCGCCGCGGGCGCCGCCGCCCGGGGCGACACCAUUGCCGGACGCGCCGACGCCGCCCGAGCGGAAGCCCGCGAAGCGCGCGCGGCCGGCGCCGGCCGAGGAGGCGCCGACAGCAGAAAGGCCGUACCCGGUCGGCACGCAAGUCGAGGCGCGGUUCAAGGGCGGCGCCAAGUUCUACGCGGCGAUCGUCGUCGCCGCGCGCGACGGCGCCGUCGACGUGACCUACUGCGACGGCUCGAGCGACUCCGAGGCCAACGUCCCGCUGGACCUCGUGCGGCCGCUGCAGCGCCGCAAGCGCACGGCGGUCGUCGCGCCGCCCGCGCCGCCGCCCCCCUCAAAGAAGCCCGCGAAGAAGAAGCCCAAGGCGAAGCCGGCGACCAAGGCCACCUCGGCCAUCUGGGACAAUGGCAGCAGCUGGCGGCCGCGCGCCGAGGCCGGCACCCGCAACCCGGCCUAUCACGGCUGCGGCAAGUGCCGCUGGAGGCCGAGCGGCUGCCGCGGCUGCAUCGCCGCCGACGCGGAGCGCGGGCCCCAGCCGCCGCCGCGCCCUUUGGUACGGGGCGCCGUGACCGUCGCGGCGGACAAGUUCCUCGCGCCGCUGCUCGGGGCGGUGGGCGUUCCCGAUGCGGAGCGCCGCGCGUGCUGGGCGGGGCAACGGCAGACGCUCGAGUCGCUCGUGAGCGUCACGUCCGCGGGCGUCGUCGACGAGAACGGCUUCGGCGUCGUGGCCAAGCAGCCCCUGCGGGCCGACCAGAUCAUCAUCGAUCCGACGGUGCUCCUGGUGCCGCGGCCCUCGGAUUACGCGCGCGCGCACCUGCCGCCCUACGACUACAUCGCCUUUGGCGCGAACGAUUAUGCGCUGUUAAGGGAGGUCGCCCUGAAGCAUUGCUCGCUUACGUUCUAUUUGAACGGCGCAGACUAUGCUGGUUCAAGGCACGCGCCGAACGUCAAGUGGUUCGUCCACCGCCACGGCCGCGGCGGCGCGCAGCUCGCGUGGAAGCUGCUUUCGGACGUCGCCGUGGGCGAGGAGCUGCUGGCGACGUACACGGCGCCGGAGUUCGCGGACCCCCCGGUGUAA